CCAACAUCCUACAACUAGCUUUUCGGCCAUGGAUGAGAAAAAAGCCCAUUAUGCAAAGCAUUCUGGGCCUAAAGCAGAAAAGAAAAAGUCAAAGAAAGCACCCAAUGCCAAUGCAGAGAGCAAUCCAAAGGCAUUUGCCGUGGCUUCGGCAGGACGUAUGGCUAGACAAGCUAUGAGAACUGCAGACUUGUCUCAAAAGAAGCUGCACGUGCCCAUGGUGGAUCGUACGCCUGAUGAAUCGCCGCCACCUGUAAUUGUUGCUGUUAUGGGUCCACCUGGAACAGGAAAAUCUACAUUAAUUAAAUCUUUGGUUCGGCGAUAUUCUAAAUAUACUGUAUCUAAUAUUACGGGUCCUAUUACUGUGGUUGCUGGCAAAUCACGAAGAAUCACUUUUCUGGAAUGCCCUAAUGAUUUGAGUUCCAUGAUUGAUGUAGCAAAGAUUGCUGAUCUUGUUCUACUUUUAGUUGAUGCCAACUUUGGAUUUGAAAUGGAAACGAUGGAAUUUCUUAACAUUUUAGCACCUCACGGAAUGCCCCGAAUUAUGGGUGUGUUGACCCACUUAGAUUUAUUCAAAAAACCUGCUACCCUUCGUGCAGCCAAAAAACGUUUGAAGCACCGUUUUUGGACAGAGUUGUACCAGGGAGCGAAAUUAUUUUAUCUUUCAGGUGUUCUUAAUGGAAGGUAUCCUGACCGUGAAAUUUUGAAUUUGUCAAGGUUUAUCAGCGUUAUGAAAUUUCGCCCUCUUCAAUGGCGUAACCAGCAUCCAUACUUACUUGCUGAUCGCAUGGAAGAUUUGACGUUACCUACUGAAAUUGAAGAGAAUCCUAAGGUUUCUCGUACUGUUACCCUUUAUGGUUAUCUCCAUGGUACAAACUUACCAAAACAUGAUGCACCAGUUCACAUCCCAGGCGUUGGUGACUUUAAUGUGGCCGAUGCUUCUAAAUUAGAUGACCCCUGUCCUCCACCAGACGCUGAUAAAGUCAGGAGACGCAGGCUUUCUGAAAAGCAAAAAUUGAUUUAUGGUCCUAUGGCUGAUAUCGGUGGUAUUCUUUUCGAUAAAGAUCGUGUUUAUAUAGAGGUUCCUACCUCAAAUUUUUCAAAAGAUGACAAUUCUGAAGCAGGAGUUGGCGAACGUAUGGUCAUGCAACUACAAGAGGCUCAUCAACCCUUGGGUGCAAAUCCUUCAUCCGGUAUCCAACUUUUCAGUAACACCAAUGUCAUUGGUUCCGAGGCUGAACAAGAGGCAUCUGAUGUCGGCAGAAAAGCACGACGUCAACCAACCGGUAUUGUUUCUGACGAUAUGCUGCAUCUUGAGGAAAAUGAAGCAAAUGACUCUGAAAAUGAGUCUGCUGACGAAAAUGACGUUGGUUACUCUGAAAACAUUGGAGCGACUAAGGAUAAUGAGGAUGAAGCUGCUGAAGAGGAGGUUCCUUUUGCUGAAAGUGAUUCAGAUCUCGGUGAUCUUUUAGAUGAAGAAGAAUCGUCUGAUUUGAAAUGGAAAGAGGGUAUGGCUUCGCGAGCUACGGCUUCCUUCAUUGAAUCUCGUCGCCGCCGCCGCAGGAACUUACAGAAAGUAUUUUAUGAUGAGUCUCUUUCGCCAGAACAAGCUUUGUCUGAGAUUCAUGGAGAGCCAUUGGAUACGGUGGAAAAUGGAAGCGAUGAGGGUGAAGGUGAUGAUGAUGACUUCUUUAAGCCUAGAAAGGCUGAUUUGGAAACUCCCACCCGAACAAAUGAAAAGAAUUCUUUCGAGGAAGAACUUGAACGUUAUAAUAAGAAGUAUGAAGAUUCUGAACGCCUUGCUCGACUUAAAUAUCAUUUUAUUACAGGAAGUUUGCUAGAUACCCAAGAGAAGGAUGAAGGAGGAGCCGACGAGGAAGAGAAUGAAACAGCUGAUUUUGAAGAUUUAGAGGACGAAGGAAGUACGGAUAAUAAUGAGGGUGGAGAACCGUCAGUUGAUAAUGAGAAAUCUGGUGAACCAGGGGAAGACGAAGCUUCUGAUGCUCCUGAUUUUGAGGAAGAACGAGAGGAAAAUGCUCGUAAAAAGGAAGAGCUUAAACUUCGAUUUGAAGAAGAAGAUCGUGGCGAUCCAGAGAAAAAAGAUGUUGAUUGGUAUGGAGAAGAAAAAGAAAAGAUUGCUCGUCAGUUGGAAAUCAACAGAGAAGCAUUCAAGGACAUGGACCCCGAGAGUAGAGCAGAAAUUGAGGGAUAUCGUGCUGGUGCGUAUGUACGUCUCGUUUUUAAAGGCGUUCCAUACGAGUUUGUUGAACAGUUCGAUUCUCGUUAUCCAGUGGUUGUUGGUGGUCUAUUGCCAAAUGAGCAACGAUAUGGACUUGUGCAAGCUCGUAUCAAGAGACAUCGCUGGCAUAAGAAGAUCCUGAAAACAAACGAUCCGUUAAUUUUUAGCUUGGGUUGGAGAAGAGUACAGUCCGUUCCCGUUUAUUCCAUCAGUGAUUCUCGUACUAGGAAUAGGAUGUUAAAGUAUACCCCAGAGCACAUGCAUUGCUUUGCUACAUUUUACGGACCAUUCAUUGCACCCAAUACAGGAUUUUGUGCCGUGCAGUAUGUUGCUAAUUCAUUUGCCCAAGCAGGUAGUUUUAGAAUUGCUGCUACUGGUACGGUUCUCGACGUCAACCAAUCGAGUGAAAUUGUAAAGAAGCUGAAAUUAACUGGUGUUCCAUACAAAAUUUUCAAGAAUACAGCAUUUAUUAAAAAGAUGUUCAAUAGUCCUUUGGAAGUUGCCAAGUUCGAAGGUGCAAAUAUUAGGACAGUUUCCGGUAUUCGAGGACAAGUCAAGAAAGCCGUUGAUAAAGAACAUGGUCAUUUCCGUGCGACGUUUGAGGAUAAGGUGUUGAUGAGUGAUAUUGUUUUUUUAAGAGCAUGGUAUCCUGUGCAAGUUCGUGAAUUUUGUACGACGGUUACGAACUUGUUAGAACCAGUAAAGAAUGAGUGGACGGGUAUGAGAUUGACAGGAGAAGUACGCCAUGAACUUGGUUUGAAAACUCCAUUACGUCCUAAUUCCCAAUAUAAAGAAAUUGUUCGCCCUACUCGACAUUUCAAUCCUCUCAAGGUUCCCGCAUCUUUACAAGCACAGCUUCCUUAUGCUUCUCGUCCUAAAGAAGUUCGACCUCGAAGCAAGCCUACCUACAUGCAGAAGCGCACUGUCUUGUUAAAUGCAGAUGAAAGAAAGGCUCGUGAUUUAUUGCAAAAGGUAAUGACGCUCAAGUCUGAUAAAGAAAGCAAGCGUAAAGCUAAGAAGGCCGAGGAACACGAGAAGUAUCACAAAAAAAUGCAGAAAGAAGAGCAAGUAUAUGUUGAAAAGAAGCGUCAAGAGAAAGCCGAUUGGUUUGCUCGAAAUGGUAAAAGACUUCGACAAGAUUCGGGUGCUACCUCUGGUGGUAAAAAAUCUAGAAGAUAAAGGUUCUUUAUGGAGGUUUAUAGAUAAGCCUAUUAAUACUUAUUCUGGUGUGGGUUAUUUUUUUUCUAAAAGUUUUGUUUUGUUUGCAUGCUCCUUUCGUUUCGUUCCUUUUACGCAUCGGACAGAAAAAAAAAAUGGGAGAAUUGGGAUUAUAAUAGGAAAUAAAUAUAGUUUAUAAUGAUGUAUUAAUAGAUCUUUUGGCUCUCAAAUUUGACAUUGAACUCACAGUUUGCCUUGAAAAUGCAAGUUCACGACGGCUAAAUUGAUAGCCAGGUUAAAUUCUACAAUGAAAUUAAAAAAUUAAUCU